ACCCGUUUGGAACAUCUCCACUGCGGGGAACGAAAUUGGGUUUCACGAGAAGCUCGCCGAACUAAAUCCUUCCUCAAUGUAGAUAAUUUUGAGAUCCGGGGCACGAUAAAAGUCGCGAACUCCUGCAAUGAUUCCGUGGCAGGACUCGACUUCAACUUUCACUGAACCCAAUCCACCCAGCUCAAGUUUUCGAUAUUACCAUGUCGCCCGCUCCAUCGCCAGGAAACGAUGUCUUCCCUGACGGUCCGACUAUGCGGCAACCCGCCUUGAGCUGGCUGUACAGACUGGAAUGCGACAUUGCCAAGGAGGAAAUCAACAUUGGUGCUCCUCAUGAUGCGGGAAUCGUUCGCAGCAUCGCCACUAUCGCGCGCGGAAGCAUCAAGGGGCCUGACAUUGAAGCAACGGUCCUGCCAUUGGGAGCAGCAGACUGGGCCACAGUGAUCAAAGGGACUCACUCAAUGAAGCUUGAUGCGCGGUAUACUGCGCGCACCUCGGACGGCCACUACCUCUACGUCCGCGCCCACGGACUGUAUCGUCCUGGUCCAGGAACCGAGUACGCGAAGCAAGUCGAGCAGGACUGGACACAAGCGCCCAAGGCUGUAGUCACUCAGGAUGAUGUGGAAUUCUUUUCGCAUUUGCGAUUAGAAGCGGGCCCGGGUCCGUACAAUUGGUUGAAUGGGUUGGUGUGCCUCGGCGUGAUGGUGUGCGAAGAAGAGAAGAUUUGGAUCGACGCGUAUCAUCUCACGAAUUUCCCGGGUAUGAAGCCGGAAGAUGUAGUUGCCAAGGCAUGAGAAACAUG